AUGGUUUUAAAAAAAAAUUUAGAAAAAUCCUUAAAAAACCUAGAAAUAAGAAUUAAGGAGUUAGAGCAAAGUAACGAAGGGCUACAUUCACAAUUUAAAAAUUUAGAAGAAAAGGUUAAAGAGCGAGACGAAGAAACCAAAGACAAACAAGAAACUAUAAAUAAUUUAGAAGAAAAGAUUAGAGAAGAAACCAAAGCUAAGCAAGAAAUCAUUAAUAACUAUGAAGAAAGAGAAUCAGAAAUCUUGAAUUAA